AUGUACUCUAACAAAUACAGAGUAAUCCAACCGGGCCGGCCCCUACCCAGUCCGCCAAGCCGAAAGCCCAACAUCCCCCCUUACUUCCGCCCAAAGCCCAGCCGGGGGAGUAGCUGCUACUGCAUAUGCUGCUGCGUCUUCUGCGCCGUCCUCCUCAUUGUCAUCAUCCUCGCCGCCCUCGCCGGCGGCAUCUUCUACCUCCUCUCCUUCCAAAUCCCCAAAUUUGAACCCGUCUCCAAACCCGACGGGACCCACCUCAACGUCCAGGCUGUCACCAGUGUCGAGGUGAGGAACCCCAACCUGAAACUCGACAUCUUCUACCGCGAGGGGAUCGAGAUGUACGCGAUCCUCGGGGAUGAGAACGAUGUAGGGUUGGCGUUGGGUUCAAAGCUGCUCAAAGGGUUCACGCAUAGGCACCGGAACACGACGAAUUUCAAGAUGGAUAUGAGGGUGAGGAACAAAAUGGUGGAUUAGACGGUGGGGCGGAGGCUGGCGGCGUAGUUGAAGAGUAAGGAGAUAAAGGUAGCGGUGGAGGGAAAGACGAGGAUUGGGUACAUGAUCAAAGGGUGGAGGGUUGGGAUGAUGCAGAUCAAUGUAUUAGAAAAAUCACAUUUGAAGUAAAUUUGCUAAUUGAGGACAC